UCCAGGAGCCAGAGCCAUCGUCUGACUUUGCUCGCGCCGCCAGCAAGAUCGCGUCGGCUGGUCGGUGGGCAGCGCCGGUGACAGCGGCUCUCUCAGCCCCCUCAGAUCUGAGGAGCCGCAUGUCCUUCCACAGCGGCACCGGUGGUGACAUACCCAGCUCCAGCAACGCACCACCUGACGAAAUGGCAUCGCCCGCCUCCUUCACCCACCACCCAGGUAAAGUGAAAAUUCUGCCUUCAGACAAGGACGUUGAGUCCGAGGAAGCCCUGUGGGCCUUGUAUCUGCGCUGGUGCAACACUUUGAACCAGAAGCGUGACCAUGAUGAGAUGGUUCGCCGGUUUGAUGUAUUCAAGGACACUGUUCGGAUGGUCCACCGUGUCAACAAGGCUAAAUUGCCUUACACUCUGAAAGUAAGUAAAUUCGCUGAUGGGAAGCUAGAAGAGUCAAUGAGUCCAAAAGUGUUUGAUGAACCUGAAUAUUUCGCAACUCAAGCAAAGGAUGGUAGAUCUCGCCCUUUGGCAAAUCGUCGGAAGGAAGGGGUUCUCAUCAUUGAAACUGGUGAAGAUGUGCCAGAAUAUCCCCAAAUGAACUUCAAGUUCUCUGAAUCUGGAGAUUCCAUCAUCCCCUUGGAAUGAAUCAUGUCAUUAGCAAUCCUGGAUAGUUAUGUGUGUACUGUGUUGUGCUUAUUUGUAUCCGGCCUUGCUUCUGCAAGGCAUCUAUCAGUAUGUCCACUAAGCAAAUUAUAUAAGCUUACUUUGAUGUUUUGCUCAUUUUAGAAUAAAGGUUAUGAUGCUUCUUUUUUCUCA